GACAUGAAUAAGUCUUGCGGAUGGUAGAAAGGUGAGGAAUAGAAUAAUAUCUGAGCUCAGUGUCUUUACACAAACUGAGUUUAACAGCACCAGGGCUAUUUUUUAACCUGUACCCGGCUCUGAAACAGCGACAUGGACUAAUUUUGAGUCGUUAAACAGCCACAUUGGACCGCUAGCUUUUUUGUUUACAUACUGCUGUUUAUGUCUGCGCACGUUGUUGUAACUUUUUUUCUGUUGACGAAAACUUCGCAAGAUUGUCAUCGAUAUUUUCCACCAGUAUAAAGUUUGUCACUUGUGAAGAAAGUGUUUUCCAUAAAUGAAAUGGGAUUUACCGGCAGCAGGGACGAGCUCAGGGACUGUGUUGCAGUUGGAAAAUCCACCUCUUGAACCUGCUGGGGCUUGACUGUUACCGAGUUUAUUAUUAAAAUCCAUGGAGUCUGUUGGGAAGUUUGAGUUCAACAGGAAAGACCUGAUUGGUCAUGGCGCCUUUGCAGUUGUGUUCAAAGGCAGACAUAAAGAGAAACGUGACUGGGAAGUUGCUAUCAAGUGUAUUAACAAGAAAAACUUUGCCAAAUCACAGUCUUUGCUUGGGAAAGAAAUCAAAAUAUUAAAGGAGCUCAAACAUGAGAAUAUUGUUAGACUUCUUGACUAUCAGGAGAUGGGAGGGUGUGUGUAUCUCGUCAUGGAGUACUGCAAUGGAGGCGACCUGGCAGAGUACCUUCACUCUAAGCGCACGCUCAGUGAGGACACCAUCCGUGUAUUCCUACAGCAGAUUGCUCAGGCCAUGAAGGUCAUACAGAGCAAAGGGAUUCUCCACAGAGACCUCAAACCCCAGAACAUUUUACUCUGCCACACAGAGGGGCGAAGGUCCAGUUCCACCAAUACCAGCAUUAAGAUAGCCGACUUUGGGUUUGCACGUCAUCUCCAGACCAACACAAUGGCAGCCACGCUGUGCGGCUCUCCCAUGUACAUGGCUCCUGAGGUCAUAAUGUCCCAGAACUAUGAUGCCAAAGCUGAUCUGUGGAGCAUCGGCACUAUUGUGUACCAGUGUCUGACUGGAAAAGCACCAUUUCAUGCCAACACGCCGCAGGAGCUUCGUCUCUUCUACGAAAGCAACCGGACGCUGUUACCCAGCAUCCCAAAGGAGACCUCUAGUAACCUAAGACACCUACUGCUGGGGCUGCUGCACAGAAACCACAAAGAACGGAUUAGCUUUGAUGAGUUCUUCCACCAUCCUUUUUUGGAGACAAGCGCACCCACAAAGAAAUGCUCACCAGCUCCCAUGCUUUCCUACCCCAGUUCUGGCUCAGGCAGCUCCUCCAGCAGCUCCUCCACAUCCCAGCUGGCCUCACCUCAACAUUCCGAUGGAGAGAUGCACCGACUUCAGCCCAAGGUGCAGUCAUCCCCUAUACAGGACACCCCUGGCUUCCAGCUAAAAGAGGCAGCCAAUCAGGACAGCAGAAACACCCCGUCUUACACAGAAGAUUUUGUCAUAGUGCCUGCCCAGUUUCCCAGUGACUACACAUGCGAGCUGGAAGCUGGGUCACCUAUUGAAAGUUGCAUGAUAUACAGCGGGAGCCCUGUAGUGGCUGAGAGAGGUCCAGGAAGGCCAUCACCACCCCCUGGCCUGCGACACUCUCCCUUCAAGCCUGUUAGCAAGCCUGAUGAAGUAGUUGGCCGGAACUGCAGCCCCUCAGUGCCCAUUCCCGUCCCAACUCAAGUCCAAAACUACCAGCGUAUGGAGCAGAACCUGCAGUCCGUCGGGUUGAAUGGCUCUACCAGGGUCACAUUAUGUUGUGCUGGCAGCAGCAGGGAAAGUUCUCCACAUCGCGGAGGGUGUAGGGCUCCUGACCCAGGCUUUGCCUUUAACUCCACAAAACUGGCAAUGGCAGGAGGUCGACCGCAACAGUCAUCGCCACGAGUGGGAAUGAUCCCAAAAAUUUCGGUGCAAACUCUUCCAUUCAGCACAAGAACUGGACGACGCACCAGCGCUCCUAAUGUUCAGACUACCAGCCCCAAGCUUCAGGUUCGACCGAGAAUGCCAAAUCGAACCAGGACUGUCCCAAACCUGCAAUCUCUUGACAUAUCCCCUGCUUCUCAGACCAACAUCAACAAGACACUAGCCACUAAAAAGGGCCCUUUUAAAAGGUCACUCAGCACAGGAAAGCUGUCCGACAUGCUACUGAAGGCGGCCUUUGGAACUCACCUUUUUGAAGAUGGAAGUGACUAUGAGAAAAGUAUGGAUAUACUAGCUCCACCUACUGGUUGUCAUAAAGUUUUUCACUGCUCAGACAGUCCACCUCCUACAAUCUUUACUAUGGGCUCUCCGUCCCGUGAAAACACUCCUCCUGACACCACACUAUCAAGGACAGUCUCAGGUUCCCCCAACUACAUGAAUGAAGCCUGGCUGCUCAACACUCUGCAGCGCAGAAAUAGCCGUAGAAACAGUGAAACUGAAGCUAUGGAUGUGAUUCCACACAGCAGUUUGAUUUUUCACCCUCCAGAGCUCCCUGAAGACACACUGAUGGAGCAGUCUCACACUGAUGCUCUGGGUAACUUGCGCUUCACCUUGGCUUUUGUCCACUGCGUCAUGGAACUGGCCUCUUCUAAGGAUCCAGGGCUAGAAACAGUCAGCAGCCCUGAUAUUUCUUUUCUAGAACAGAGCUUUGUGGCUGAUCAGAUCAGCCUUCUGAGUAGAGAAUGGAGCUAUGCAGAGCAGUUAGUGCUGUACAUGAAGGCUGAAGAGUUUCUGUCAUCAGCACUGCACACCGCUAAAGAAACCGUUAAACAAGGCCACCUCGUCCCUUCUGCUACGGUCAAACAAGUGAUCAGGAAGCUGAAUGAACUGUACAAGAACUGUGUAACAUACUGUCGCUCCCUCAACGAUCGACUGCAGACCUUCUUGCUUGACAAACAGAAGCUCAUGGACCAUUUCAAUGGACUCACAGCAGAUAAGCUCAUCUACAACCACACUGUGCACAUGGUCCAGUCUGCCGCUUUAGAUGAGAUGUUCCAGUGCGGCACAGCAUCAGUCCAGCGCUACCAUAAAGCCCUCCUGCUGAUGGAGGGUCUGUCCCGGAACCUCACAGAGCAAAAGGACAUCGACAGCAUUGAUAAAUGUAAGCAGUGCAUUGAGCGACGCCUCUCAGCUCUGCAGACAUAAAGUCUCCAUCAGCUCCAUCACUUGCAUCAUCUUGCCUCACCUGCCUUGCCUCAGCGUAGAUGAAUUCUUGUAGAUUGUACUUUGAUCUCUUCUAAGGGAAAUGACCACUGGAGCAUCUGCUCAUAUACCCUGUCUGAACUCUCGAAAUAAGUGCACAGAAAAAAACAGAGGUUUUGGACAGAAAGAUUGUUAUGACUGCUUGAAUAUUUUGAUCAGGUAAAUUGUUCUUAGGAUUUGUCUUGUUUUGUUACAAACUAUAUGUUUGAUGUGUUUCCCUGUUUUGCACAAUGAAUAAUCAAAUGAUUUAAUAGCACAUUUAUGUGUUAUACUUGAAACAAAGAGUGUUUAGUUGUUUUUUUGUUUUUGAAACCUUUGUGCUAUGUAUAUAGCAAAUGUUCACCGGCUGACCGUACUCUGAGUAUUUCGAAUGAGAUGACCAAAUAUUGCCAAUGUGUAGCAAAAUGAGUAAACCUGUGCCUAUUUUUGUACAUUUUUCAUGAUUGCAGAAUAGUGAAUGUAAAGGUACUGAAAGUAUGCUUUGUUGUCAUCCACAAUAAUUGCUUUAUGACUGCCAGUCUUACAGUCAUACUGACUUCACCAAGGAGUGCAAUAAGUAUAGUAAAUUUUGACAUUUGAAUGAGAUUUUUGUUUCACAGCAGCUGAUUCAAUAACACCCUCUUCCAGGUGGUGAUGUACUCAAUCAUGAGGUACUUAAAGUAACAUUUACGGCAUGCCACAUUGUUUAUUUUUAUUUGCUAUUUGUGUGCUUUUUUGUUUUGUUUUGUUUUUUUCUUUUAAUGUUUCAGUUUUGCUAAUUUUGGUUCUAGAGUUUUACAUUUGGAUGAAUGUGGUUGGCAACCUGUGAAUGAAUUUUUACACAUUUUUUGUCUCCUGUGACAUGGGGUUAUUACAAUCACAUAUUCAAUAUUUUGUGAAAAUGUUAGUGUUAAACAGAAGUUUGUCUGAAUUUUACCAAUUGCCUUUUCUAUGCUGUUUCGAUACUGCCAGUUUUCUUUGCCAGAAUGAGUUGUUACAUGGUGUGUGUGUGAUCAAAAUAAAUGAUAUUUAUUAUUGGA